AUGCUGCGUAAGACGUCAGCUAAGUCCGAAGUUCCAGUAUUCGAGUGGAAAAAACAAAACAAAAAAGAAGAAACACUGAAAUCGUCUGUUUGUCUCUUGGUGCUUUCAGCCACCAAGAUAGAAGUAGGGAAGUGGUCAUUGUCUAAAACAAAGGAGAUUUUAUGGACUGAAUGUAGCUCGCACUUGUUAACCUUUCACGAAGUACCCGAAGUUCGACUUUGGCCAGUUUCUGUAAACACUGAACACCUAGAGGAUAUUUUACCUGAGCUCGAAAUAGCUGAAAGGGAACGUUUACUUGCAGAAGAGAGACGUCGAGAAGAAGAGAAAAGGAAAAAGAAAAUGGGAGAACCAGAAGAUAUGUCUAUACGUCUCCUCAAAGAAGUCCUUGACGACCUUAACGUUACUUAUAAAGCGAGUGAAAAGAAACGUGACCUUAUUGCCAAAGUUCGCCAAGCCCGGGAAAGGUUGCAAGAAAGUCAUUCUCAACAAGACGCACCCUGUCAUUUUGCAUUGUAUUGUAACAAUGACUAUACGGAUGACCAAUCGCACUGGUAUAACAGCUGCGCAUUCAAGGCCUCUUUGUUCCCGUUGAUUUAUUAUGACGAGAGAAAAGAACGUUUUCUACAUCUUUUAUUCCAGUUGCUCUUUCUUUUUGAGCUCCUAGCCUUAUACUUGGAAGUGCUUCUCUAUCAAGAAGUAGUUUGUUUUAUUGUUAUGGUUUAUAGUUUGUAU